AUCGAGGAUGAUGAAAAGCGGAAGUUUUUUAUCAUGUGCUAAUGUCAGAGACUAUCUUAGGGAAAGUCCCUGUUGGUGGUUAUCUUAAGUGACAAUUCUAAAAAUAUCAUCUGUAGUAUAUACAUUGGGGGCACACUGCUCUGUGUUUAGUCGCGUAGGCGGUGUGGAGUUGCAAAGGCCCAGGAAUGGAUGAAAGACACAAAAACGUCCUAAGAAGCCUCAUCCCUGAGUUAAGCCAUGGCAUUCAAGAUCCUUACAUGAUCACAGGGUUCAUGUCAAACAUUUUCACCGAGAGUGAUUGUUCGGAAAUCAGGUCCAGCCAAACUCAAUCUGGGCCUAUCAGAGCUUCCGAAGAACUAGUUUUGAAACUAAUGAAGCGGGGGAAAAAUGCAUUUAAUAGUUUCCUGACGACACUAAGGAACCCUAAAAUAGGUCACAAAGAUUUGGCACAGCUUAUAGAAUCAAGGCUAGAUGAUGGACUGCAAGGUCACACAGGGAGAGAGGUUAUUUCUCGGGGUCCUUCAAGUGUUAGUGAGGCUUCCUCUUCCAGAGCAGAGACAACCCCACCUAACAGAGCUGAUGAGGCUGAAUACCCUGAAGUCCCUCCACCUAUUUCACAAAGGCAAAGAUGUCCUUUCAGUAAAGAGACAUUACUCAAGAAUAUCCCAUCAUCCUUGCGGGAUACCAUUGUGCAAACCCUGAAUAUUAAAACUGAACUUGGAAAUAACUGGAGGGGAGUGGCUGGACACAUGGGCCUCACCUCAGAGGAAGUUGAUAGAUUGGAUGACAGUGGAAAAAUGGACAGUCUGUUUGCCCAAAUGGUACACAAAAAUUACAAACUUCAAGACAUAGUUGACUUAUUGAAGGAAUGCGAAAGGCAUGAUGUGGUUGAAUCUAUAGAAAGCCAUCCGGGAUAUGAGGAUGUCCAGAGAGCAAGAACUAAAGAAAAUGGAAACAUGUUACAGGAACAAACAGGAACUGAAAGUAAAGGCAGCCUAGCAUUCCCACGCCAAGAGUCUUGUAAGAGUGAAGUUGAAAAAACAGAUGAACCAGAUGUAAGAUAUUUUCCAUCUGAGGACUCUAACCCCCCUGAUGAAGACAUAACAAGUGAAACUCCAGAGGAGAUGAAUCUAGAUGAAAAUGAUGUCUUUUCAGUUUACCAAAGGAGCUGUUUGUUGGUUGAAUGUCUUAACUAUGAAAAGUUAUCUGGUUUAACUGAUAUUGGAAAGGGGAUCAAUUCAUUGUCAGACUGCCUCUCACACUGGGAAGGAGAUCAUAUCAGGAUCAGGAACUGUAAAUCAGCUAAACUGAAUUCUAAAGUAAACCAGUUUGUCAAAGAUUGUGGGCAUGAUGUUUGCUUUGUCUAUCUGGCAGGUCACACAGUGCAGUUAAAUGGAGAAAAUUAUCUUCUUCCAACUGACAUCAAGCCAGACUGCACACAGGCAGAUCUCAUUCAGCAAUCUUUGAAUAUCAACAAAUUAAUACUGCAGCUCCACAUGUCACCGUUGCUGAUUGUGAUAGUAGAUGGCAGCCAUCACAUUGAGGGGAAAUUCCGCUGCCCUGGAAUUCUUCCUGGUCUUUCAGCUAUACCACCACCUCCUAAUGGUGUCAUUGCUUUCCCUUGUCACCCCGGCUCUGUUAGAGACCCUGAACAUAGAAGGUCCUACGUGAGUUCCAUGGCAGACAUUUUAAGUGAGAAUCCAGACAUUGAACUUUCUGAGCUCUUUAAGAAAAUCAAAGAAGUCCCAGAGCUGUGUACGUCAGUGGAGUUUUCUCUUGUUCCAUCACUCGCACCAUUUUGCCUCGUGCCAUCUAGCAAAGAUUCCAAGACAGACAUUGUCGGCCUCAACGCCAAACCCACAGAAACCACUUCAUGGCAUGCAAUUAUUUUCGUCAAUGGGAAAAACAAUCGAUACAAGAAUGCGACACAUGACUCUCUCCACCUGGAAGUAGCGUUAAAAAAACUAGGAUGGAAUGACGUGAGCACGCAUUGUGAUCGUAGAUCGGUGGAGAUUUGUGAAAUUCUUCGCAAGAAGCUCAGGGCGCUAUCUGGAAAGCCUCGGAAAGUCGUUAUGGUGUACUAUGUUGGUGCUGCUUGUCAGAUGGGGGAAGAUAAUGUUUUGGGUCUGGUAGACCAUGAAAACCCUCCUUAUACAGAUGUCUCCACCCAAUGGCUUAUCAACCUCAUGAGCGAAUACAUAUCAGGGCCCAAAAUUCUGAUCGUCGACGACCUCCAGACAAGCGAGUCAGGGCUUUAUGAACAUGUUGCUCCUCUAGAGUUUCUCAUCAGCCUACCAAAGAAGAGAAGAUCAAACAUAAAGUCUGAAGAUCAAAGCUACACAUUGCUGCUCAGCCAGAUGCUUGGAGUCAAUCUUGGCCAAUCAUUGAAAAAUAUCGUCCAGAGAGCCUCGAGGGCGCAGCAUCACGUGUCAAACAACCUUUUCUACGCUUAGAUUCAUGGGAUUGCUAUUUUGGCGGGAGAAUUAUGACGACGCCUCAUACAGAAAAAAUGACGACUGGGUUUUCUGAAAUUGUUUUUUAUACUAAUUGUUUUUAUAUUAGCUUUUACGUGUUAUGCCCAAGGCUAUAGAUGUAUCGUAUUUAUAAUAUCAAGAAACCCAUUUAUAGGAACGGGUCUAAAGUCUUUCAAAUCAAUAUCUAUAUCAAUGUACUAGUUAAACUAGUUAUUCAGAAAAGGAGUAUAAAUAUGUAAUUCUUUAUUGUAUUAAUUAAUUAAUAAUCGGUCUUUACAAGACAUGGGCUACGUCCGGGCUAAGUUCAAUGAAUCAAAUGAAUCAAUCGAUUGUUUCAUCUUCAUUUACAUGUAAUACGGCUCAUGGAUAAUACGACGUUUGAACUUAGCCUCAGUUCCUUUAGAAAAAUGAUUAUGUUAUUUGAAUUAUUACUUAGUUCAAACGUCGUAUUAUCCAUUAGCCGUAUUCAAUGCUAAGGCAUGCAAAUAAAUCGAGUCGAUUGUUUCAUCUUCAUUUGCCUGCAUUUGCAUUGAAUACGGCUCAUGGAAAAUACGACGUUGAACUUAGCCUGACGUAGGAUAAAAUUCCUGAAAUUCGAAUAGAAUUAUUUAACGCUCGUAUUGCUAGACCUGUAGUAACGCAUUAUAUAACAGCUGAAAUAAAGUAAGCAUUCAUUAAACAGUUAAAUGAAAUAAAUCAUCCGUCAUCCAAA